AUGAUUCGAAAUAGGAAUUAUAGCAGCCGAAAAAAACAUUCAUCAUCAAACCAAAGACGGCAACAAAAACAUCAUGAAAGAAUACAGAAUUCAUUUGAUAAUGAAGAAUCCGAUGAACAAUCCACAUCGAUACGAAAUGUACAGCAACCUAAUCUACAAGGAGAUUAUCUGAAUAUUGCAAUAUUAUUAUUUUUAUAUCUACUACAAGGCAUUCCAAUAGGUCUGAUCUCCGGUGUACCGUUGCUUCUAUUAAAUCAUGGUAUCGGUUAUUCACAGCAGGCAAUAUUUAGUUUCGCAAUAUGGCCAUUUAGUUGUAAAUUAUUAUGGGCACCAAUCGUUGAUUCCGUUUAUUCAUCUCGUUUUGGACGUCGUAAAUCAUGGAUGAUACCGGCUCAAUACUUAAUCGGUGCCUUUAUGAUAAUCAUUUCAUAUUGUCUAGAUUCAAUGAUCAAUGCAAUCGAUGGACCAAACAUUUAUCUAUUGACCGCAAUGUUUUUAAUAUUGAAUUUCCUUGCAGCAACUCAAGAUAUUGCUGUUGAUGGUUGGGCAUUAACAAUGUUAAAACCAUGGAAUGUUGGUUAUGCUUCUACAUGUAAUACGGUUGGUCAGACAAGUGGAUAUUUCCUUGGUUAUGUGGUGUUUUUGAUUCUGGAAUCACCACGAUUUUGCGAUUAUUUUCGUGAUGAACCACAGACUGAAGGUCUGGUCAGCCUACAUGGUUUCUUUUUCUUCUGGGGUAUUGUUUUCAUUGUUGCCACAACAAUGGUAAUGAUAUUCAAAAGAGAAAAACCAUCUGUUCAUGAAAAUGGUGAAGAAAAUAUGUCCAUCCGUCAAACGUAUUCGAGAUUGAUUCAAAUAAUGAAACUUGGACCGGUACAGAAUUUUGCUGCCGUAUUGCUUACCUGUAAAAUUGGUUUUGCCAUUACCGAUGCAGCCACCGGUUUGAAAUUGAAAGAAGCUGGUCUACCAAUGGAUCAUAUUGCAUUGAUGGCCAUUCCAAUGUUACCAUUACAAAUGAUAUUACCAUGGAUUAUUGGCCGUUAUACGAAUGGACCACGACCAUUGGAUGUUUUUCUUCGUGCUUAUCCAUUCCGUUUAAUAUUCUGUUUCAUAUUUGCCGGUCUUCUUUGGUGGACACGAACACUAUACGAUCGAUAUUCAUAUUUUCCACUUUAUUAUUAUGUCGUUCUGAUCAUUCUUUAUGCUCUACAUCAAAUUACCGUUUAUAGUAUGUAUGUAGCUAUAAUGGCAUUUCAUGCAAAAAUUUCCGAUCCAUCAAUUGGUGGUACUUAUAUGACAUUGUUGAAUACUAUAACCAAUUUGGGUGGAAAUUGGCCAACAACAUUGGCAUUAUGGCUUAUUGAUUAUAUUAGUUUAUCAUAUUGUUCAAUUGAUGGAUCAAAAUGUACAUUGACAACAACCAAAAACGAUGAAAAUGAUUCCUGUAUAGCUAAUGGUGGUGGUGGUGGUGGUAAAUGUACACUAUGGUUAGAUGGUUAUUAUAUUGAAACAUUUAUAUUUACAAUCAUCGGUAUAAUUUGGUAUUUUUGGGGACGAAAACAAAUCAAUCGUUUGCAAACAAUUUCCACAAAACAAUGGCUUUGUCCAAACACAUUGUCACAACAACGACAUAAUAGUUGACUACAUUUAAGAUUGAAAACGAAUGAUUCGGAUUCCGGUUCUGAUGACGGCCUUUAUGAUGAUACACCGAAAAAACAUUAUUUCGUUACUAAUCACUCUGGUCAUUACACUGCUAUUGUAGAUUUUGUUUGAAA